AGCGCGCGUCGCCGCAUUUGCGCGUGCAAUUAAAAAGUGCGCGCCACGACCUACGUGAGUACGAGCAGCUUCACCACACCACAAGGACAGUUCGUUUUUUCUGAGAGAACAUUCACAAGAUUUCUCAGCUGAACACUUGACGUCGGCCAGAGGAAAAUUCUACAAUGCGUGAGUGCAUCUCGGUUCAUGUCGGCCAGGCAGGUGUGCAAAUGGGCAAUGCAUGCUGGGAGUUGUAUUGCCUAGAGCAUGGGAUCCAGCCAGAUGGUCAGAUGCCCAGUGACAAAACCAUUGGAGGAGGAGAUGAUUCCUUUAACACCUUCUUCAGUGAGACUGGAGCUGGAAAACAUGUCCCAAGAGCAGUCUUUGUCGACCUGGAGCCCACUGUCAUUGAUGAGGUGCGCACAGGUACCUACAGGCAGUUGUUCCACCCUGAACAACUAAUAACAGGCAAAGAAGAUGCUGCCAACAAUUAUGCUCGUGGGCACUACACCAUUGGAAAGGAGAUCAUUGAUCUGGUGUUGGACAGGACUCGCAAACUGGCUGAUCAGUGCACUGGGCUCCAGGGCUUCCUGAUCUUCCACAGUUUUGGUGGUGGCACCGGCUCUGGGUUCACCUCCCUCCUAAUGGAACGGCUCUCUGUCGAUUACGGGAAGAAGUCAAAAUUGGAAUUUGCCAUUUAUCCAGCUCCUCAAGUGUCCACAGCAGUGGUGGAGCCCUACAACUCCAUCCUUACCACCCACACCACCCUCGAGCACUCUGACUGUGCCUUCAUGGUGGACAACGAGGCCAUCUACGACAUCUGCCGUAGAAACCUCGACAUUGAGCGUCCCACCUACACAAACCUCAACAGGCUGAUCGGCCAGAUCGUUUCCUCCAUCACAGCAUCCUUGCGUUUCGAUGGAGCCCUAAAUGUAGAUCUGACCGAGUUCCAAACCAACCUGGUGCCCUAUCCACGUAUCCACUUCCCUCUGGCCACCUACGCCCCAGUGAUCUCUGCAGAAAAAGCCUACCAUGAGCAGCUGUCUGUUUCAGAAAUCACCAAUGCUUGCUUCGAGCCAGCCAAUCAGAUGGUGAAAUGCGACCCUCGUCACGGCAAGUACAUGGCAUGCUGUCUGCUGUACCGUGGAGAUGUUGUACCCAAAGAUGUCAACUCUGCCAUCGCCACCAUUAAAACCAAACGUACUAUCCAGUUUGUUGACUGGUGUCCCACUGGAUUCAAGGUUGGCAUCAACUACCAGCCCCCGACGGUGGUUCCUGGAGGAGACCUGGCUAAGGUGCAGCGAGCCGUGUGCAUGUUGAGCAACACUACAGCCAUUGCUGAAGCCUGGGCUCGUCUGGAUCACAAGUUCGAUCUGAUGUACGCCAAGAGAGCUUUUGUUCACUGGUAUGUGGGUGAAGGUAUGGAGGAGGGAGAGUUCUCAGAGGCCAGAGAAGACAUGGCUGCCCUGGAGAAGGAUUAUGAAGAGGUGGGCACAGACAGCGUCGGAGAAGAGGGAGAGGAAGAGGAGUAUUAAAGAAAUCCCUGGUUAUCAUAAUCUUGUCAAAAAACAUCACAAAUCUUCAUAGCUUUCACAAACAGUAUUGUCACUAACAAAAUAUUGUUUUUAUGUUUCCUAUGCUCAUUUGAAAGCUGUAUUUGACAUGUAGAUUUUAAAAAACCUUUUAAAAAAUUACUUAUAUUGA